AUGACAAAAAUCUCUCCUGGAAAGCAGAGAAGUUAUAUAUUUAAACUCGAUCCUGAUCAAGGUCAGAUCAUAUGGCAAUCCAAGAAACUGCGGAUCAUUCCGAUCGAGAAUAUCAAGGAGCUUCGCUUCUCAUCCGACGCCCGUUAUUAUCGCCAACAAUUCCAACUCGCGCAGGAUUACGAAGACAGAUGGAUUACCAUCAUCUACAUUCUCAAUGGCGCCUAUAAAACUCUCCAUUUGAUCUCCUCGACUAAGGAUGUAUUCUGCAUGUGGCACAUCACACUGAGGAAGCUUUAUGAAAUACGCCAAGAACUUAUGACAGGCCUUGGGAAUGAAGAGAUUAGACAUGCGAUCUGGGAGAAGCAGUACUGGACGGCAUCGGAUGAGUCGAGCGACCAGAAGCUGCGCUUUGAUGAGGUGGAGAAGCUCUGCAGACGCCUAAAUGUCAACACUUCGACAGAGGAACUAAAGCGACUAUUCGAGCAAGCAGACACGAAGUGCCAGGGUUUUCUUAACUUUUCUGACUUCCAGCGCUUCGUCAAACUGCUCAAGGCACGCCCAGAUAUCACCCUGUUGUAUCGGAAACUAUGCUACAGCAAUGACGGGAAAUUUGAUUUUAGCGUCUUUGAGUAUUUCUUGCGUGAUACUCAGAAGGCAUCUCCCAUCGAAGUGUCGCUGGACUACAUAAGUCACAAACUUUCUGCAUCUUCUCAGUCACCUAGACCGGUCAUGUCACUUGAUGGGUUUACCUCGUUUCUUUUGUCUUCGGACAAUUCAGCUUUCAUAGAGCGACAAGGCAAAGUAUGUCAUGACAUGACGCGCCCACUUUCGGAGUAUCUUAUAUCUUCCUCGCACAACACAUAUCUUAUCGGUCACCAACUCGUUGGUUCUAGUACAAUCGAGGGCUACAUCCGGGCUCUUCUUCACAGCUGUCGUAGCGUCGAGAUUGACGUCUACGAUGGCGACAGUGAGCCGAUGAUAUUUCAUGGAAAGACAUUUACUUCUAAAGUUCCGGUGAGAGAAGUGUGCGAAGCCAUCGCAAAGUACGCUUUCGUCACGUCUCCAUACCCCGUCAUCAUAUCUGCCGAAAUCCACUGUUCGGUGCUGCAACAGGAGAUGAUGGUGGAGGUCAUGCGCGAUGUAUUCCAAGAUGUGCUUGUCAGUGCACCUGUGGAAGGACGCCCGACGUUAGAAGUUCUUCCAAGUCCGGAGCACUUGAAAGGGAAGGUCCUGUUGAAGGCAAAGAACCUCUAUGUCUCAGAAAACGAAUCUAUUCGUACGAAAGAAGUCAGCAUCGACACGGAGUCCUCUUCUACCGAAACAUCCACAGACUCAGAUGUCGUUCAAGACACCAGGGACGAACGGCUAAACCUAAGGGUCCUUGAAAGGGAUGCUAUCAACGAGGUAAAGGACGAAUUGAAGAGGGCCCGCAGUCUAUUCGAUCGUGUUCGAAGUGGACAUUCCCGCAAUUUGUCUGGCAUAGCUGCUCUUGCUGUGCCGACUGUGACCUCUAUGGCGACCUCUGAGCCCCCUGCUCGACCGGAAUUACGUGACGUCAGCAAAGUUAAGAUGUCGUUCGCUGUUGCGAGCCUCCUUGUAUACACUGUGGGUGUGAAGUGCCGAGGUAUUAACAAGAAAGAGCACUACGCACCGGAACACAUGUUUUCUCUCUCUGAGAAAACAGCCAACAAGAUGGUGAAGCACGGAAUGGUGGAUCUUAUCAAGCACAAUAGGACGCAUCUGGUUCGAAUAUAUCCAAAAGGCUUGAGGGUGAACUCGUCUAACUACUUACCUCAUCGCUAUUGGACUGCUGGCGCGCAGCUCGUGGCUAUCAACUGGCAGACAUUUGAUCUAGGUUACAUGAUCAACCAUGCCAUGUUCCAGCGCAACGGACGAGCGGGCUACGUCUUGAAGCCCUUGGCCCUCCGUAUGCAUGACAAGGACUUGCUAUCUCGGCAUACUCAACAUUCGCUUGACAUAGUAGUCAUCUCUGCUCAACAGCUACCCCGUCCGAAAGACUCUCUCGGGCACGAGAUCAUGGAUAAGUCUACGGUAGACCCAUAUGUCGAAGUUUCCAUCCACGUUCCCGACUGGCCUCAUGCUUCGUAUCACUCAUCCUCUUCUUCUACAACCACUUCACCCUCUUCAACUGGUUCCACUGGUCGACUGCUGUCCAGACGCACCAAUUCAGUCAAGAAUAACGGCUUCAAUCCUGUUUGGCAGGAAGUACUGAGCCUUCCUUUCGAUUGUGUCGGUGACAUGUUUGAUUUGAUCUUUGUGCGCUUCGCGGUGCGCAGGGAUGGCGACAACGAUGAAGAGCCGAUUGCUGUGUAUUGUGUCAGCCUUGGAAGUUUGGCGAUGGGCUACCGGCAUCUCCCCCUGCACGAUACGCAACUUUCCCAGUAUCUAUUUUCUACUCUUUUUGUAAUGUGUGCUAUCAACUAA